AUGGUGAUAUGCGGGAUCUCCGUUGAAUUCUCUAUCGAAUGGUGUACAACACUCUGGAAAAUAAAAUUCAAUGUUUUAUAUGGCAUAUUCGAAGAAACAUGGAAACACUACAAUAUUUACAUCGGAAGUUCCGACUUGAGUUUUAAAAGAAACCGAGCGUCAGAAAAUAAUUUUGAAGAUAAUAUUCGUAAGGUGCGGGUAAUUCAAAGUUUCCGUGACUUUUCGAUUUGUUUGAAAGAUACAUCAUUCGAUAGAGCUCGUCGAGCUCUACAAGAAUAUGAGGUUUAAAAAAUUUCUAACCCC